AUGCAUAAGUAUCAGCCGAUAGAUGUGAUUCAAACUGGUUCUUUUAGCACGGUAUACCGUGCUUACGAUUCCAAGACUGGUAGUUAUGUUGCCAUGAAAGUUGUUUCUAAGCCAGCUGAUCCAGUUAAACUAGAAGCAAUUAGUAAAUUGGUAAGGAAUGAGUACAGAGUGCUCAAGAAAUUGGGCAAUAGACAUCCUAAUAUCUGCGCUAUGCUUGAUUUCUAUCAGGAUCAUGAAAAAUUCGUAUUCGUGUUAGAAUACUGCCAUAAUGGUGAUUUAUAUGACUAUAUGAAGCGAAUUAAGGAAUCAGGAGGUACUGAUAAAAAUUCAAAAAAUGCUCGAAAUAGCAAAUCUUCAUCUAAAAGCCCACCCAAAUUACAUUUUCACUCGCUGAUGUUUCAACUUUGCUCAGCGUUGAAAUACUGUCAUACAUUAGGUAUCGCCCAUAGAGACUUCAAACCUGAGAAUAUUUUGGUCACCAACACGGGAAAAAUCAAAUUAACUGAUUUUGGACUAUCGUACUUUGGCGAAGUCGCCUCGGAUCACGGUAUCGGAACGGAAAAAUACUUGGCUCCUGAGACUUUCUCACAUAAUGAUACUUAUAACACUUACAGUGCGGAUUUAUGGUCUCUAGGUAUUUCAGUACUGUAUAUCGUUUUCGGUUCUUGUCCGUUCAAAUCUGCCAACAUCGAUUCUCCUACCAAGAAUACCAACUUCAUUGUCUUCAAUGAUAAUCCUGUGAAAUUUGUUAAACAGUAUUACCUACCGAAUCUCUUAGAGGGCUCUAAUCGUUCCAAUAAUUGCUCGGAGUCAAGCAGGCAUGCCAUUGUAGGCAGCCAGGAUUAUUGGCUUGAAUUGGUACCUAAUCUAUCUCAUCCAGAACAUCUUCUGCUACUUAUUUCUCGUUUGGUGAUAGCUCAUCUUCUUUGUCCACCAACUCACCGUAAUAUUGAUACGUUUUAUGCUAACAUAGAUUAUUUCACCAACGAUGUUCAGAUGAUCAAAUGCUGCCCGGAAAUCACCCCUCCACUCUCUUCAUCAUCAUCAUCUUCAUCGGCAUCAUUAUCGGCACAAAAAUAUAACCAAAAGCAAUGUGCAACGUACCCUCCAUCACCAGCAUCAUUAAAAUCUACAUCUUUCUCAUUUUUAAAUUUUGAACCUGCAGCUGAGAGUAUUUCAUUUGAGGACUGGAUCCCAAGAGAUAACUCCAGAAAUUCGUGGACCUAUGACUGGGAUGCAAACACUACUUGGCCAAUUGACAGUGAAUCAUUUGCCGUAUUAUCAAGUAACAGUGUGUAA